AAUCACCGUUCACCAAAGGCGGUGGGCAGACAAUAACAAUUGAAAGCUCCAGUCAAGCAUCCCCUGUUGCGACGGAGCUUACCUAUCGCACCCAAAAUUCCCUCCACCAGCUACGUCGCGUCAGGCCAUCGUCGACAUUGCAUCGCCCAUUGUCAUCCAGCAAGGCAUCGCGGGAGCAUCGCAUCAUCUGUUCUGUCCUAAGCGAGUCUUGAGUUUGCGUCAUUUGCGCCUUUGCCCAUUUUUGCCUUGUCACUUGGCUGUCAUAACCGUGCCGCCACCUUGAGCCUUUGCAGCUCCCAUAACCAUACCGAUUAUUCAUAACAAGAUGCCGCCAAAAGCAAGAGCCACGGCUUCAAAGGCCGCUUCGUCCAAAAAAUCGACCACUGCGAAGCCCGUCAACCCUCAGACGAAGGCCCCUGCGGCCAAGCCGCUUACCAACGGAAGCACAUCGUCGAGAAAGCGCAAGGCAGAGGAUGAUGCCUCGCCGCAGCCCGAGCUCGCCGCAGCCGCCGCACCCCUGCCGAAAAAGACAAAGACCGAGGCAUCGGCUGUGAAGCCCAAGGCAAAAAAACUUUUUCCUGAAAUCGGAAAGAAGAUUAAUGAUGCGCCAACUCGAGUUCUCGACAUAUACGUUUUUGGAGAAGGGAGCUCUGGUGAGCUCGGCCUGGGCAGCAAGCGCGUAAACAGCAAAAAGCCCAUCGACGUCAAGCGUCCACGACUGAACGACAACCUGUCUUCCGAGUCCGUCGGCGUCGUGCAAAUCUCCUCUGGCGGAAUGCACGCCGCCGCUCUCACUCGCGACAACAAAAUCCUGACCUGGGGCGUCAACGACCAGGGUGCUUUAGGACGAGACACCGCCUGGGAGGGCGGCCUUCGCGACAUGGAAAAGGAGGAAGACUCUGAUGAUGAAGAUGAAGAUGAUACAGGAAUCAACCCGAACGAGAGCACGCCGACCGCCGUCUCCAACGAGCAUUUUGCGCCGGGCACCAAGUUCGUACAGGUUGUUGCGAGUGACAGCGCCACAUUUGUUCUGACAGAGGACGGGCGUGUUUACGGCUGGGGAACUUUCCGAUCGAGCGAUGGUAUUCUCGGUUUCACCGAGAAAAUUUCGGUGCAGCAGACGCCCAUGCUAUUGCCGGCUCUGAAGAACAUCAAGGCUCUCUCGGCUGGCUCAAACCACGUCCUGGCCCUCGAUCACAAGGGCAACGUUGUCGCCUGGGGCUGUGGCCAGCAGAAUCAACUUGGCCGACGUAUCAUUGAGCGCAACAAGCUGUCUUCCUUGGUCCCUCAGGGCAUCGGCCUGCCCCGUGGCAAAACAGUCAAGAUUGCCUGUGGUGCCUACCAUAGCUUCGCCCUUGACAACAACGGCCACGUCUGGGGUUGGGGUCUCAACAACUUUGGCGAGCUCGGACUGCAGGCCAACGCCGGAGAAGACGAUGCGGUUGUCUUGAAGCCUGCCAAAAUUUCAUACCUCGCGGACUACAACAUUGUCGACAUUGAUGGCGGCGUCCACCAUUCGCUCGCAUGCUCAGACAAGGGCGAGCUACUGACUUGGGGUCGUGUUGAUGGAUAUCAAGUUGGCUUCGAGUUUGAUAAGCUCACAAAGGACGACGUUAUCUACGACGAGCGAGACAGUCCUCGUAUCUUGGUCAAGCCGGCUGUUGUUCCAGACGUUGCCAACGUUACAUCUGUCGCUGCUGGCUCAGACAAUAGCUUUGCGGUCACCGGAGACGGCAAGGUCUAUUCUUGGGGCUUCUCCGCCAACUACCAGACCGGUCAGGGCGUAAUCGAUGACAUCAAAACGCCCACCCUGGUUGACAAUACAGCUAUUCGCGGCAAGAAGAUUAUCGGCGCUCACCCUGGUGGACAGUUUUCCAUCCUUGCGGGCGUCGCUGGUACCGCUCAGAAAGUCAAUGGCGUCAAUGGCGCGUAAAACAACAAAUACUCAGCAAGCCUCCGCCCUUGUCUUCAUGGGGUGGUGUGGUCGUGCGACCAGGAAAGACGAGACUGUAACGUCGGCUUGGACUUGGCGGCAAGUUGACCGCCAUGGUGGCCUAACGUGAGGGACCAGGACGUCUCUUGUAAUAUUUAUCCCAGGGAUGGCCAUGUGACAAGGGGUACAAUCACGGGUCACGACGAAAGACUGAAACCGAAACGAUGCAUGCACGGAUGGAUGGGGGGGGGACUUCACGGUGCAACGGCGCAUUUCGAGAUUGUAUUAGCUAGAUGUCUCGUUGAAUAAUCGUGAUAUUCUCUUCUUUU